AGAACUGGUGCUUCCAGGUGCUUCCUCAUGGUCGGAAUUCAUCUCAACAAGCCGUAUAGCCAAGGCUUUUAAAGCUUUAACAGCCUCAGCCAUUCUAAGGCUAAGUUUUUGAGCGAUGAGGACACUUGCCUAGACCCAGCGACGCAAGCAAAGUGAGUGGAACUUUUUGGUCAACCUGCACCCUGCCCUUGGUGGCAGAGAUCCAUACUUUCGUGCAGGAGACACUCAGCUAGUCGCAACAGAGGGUUGUUUGGGAAGUCUCUCGCAGCCAACAACCAACAACCAACCUACUCUGCAUCCAUGGUUGCUGUUGUCAAUCUUUGUGGUAGAGACUUUUGCUGAAGGCAUGAUUUUCUGCUCGUACAAUUCAAUCGCGAAGUCUUCAAAAUGCUACGACCUGCGCUUGCUAUUCCCUUUUUAAAACUGGUGUUUCUUUUGGCCUCAAUUGGAGUUGACGAAACUUCAGAGAUUGCUUUGCUUGUCAAGGUUGGGAACAGUGUGACGCUGGCAGACAUUUCGGUUUGCUGCGCUUUGGUUGACGCUAUGAAACUUGUCUUUGACGACAAGUUCCUCAAGCCUUUCUCGAACUUGUUGCGCUGGUUCCAGCUUUGCGUAAACCAGCCAGAAUUUAAGAAAGUCCUCGGAGAGGUUAAACUCCCUGGAGCUCAGGCCGGAAAGCAAGAUAGCAAAAAGAAGGAUGCCCCUGCACAAAAGGAGCCUGCUGCAAAGAAGGAGGCUGCUCCGAAGAAGGAGGCUGCUCCGAAAAAGGAUGCUGCUCCAAAGAAGGAUGCUGCUCCAAAGAAGGAUGCUGCUCCAAAGAAGGAUGCUGCUCCAAAGGGCGAGGCAGCUUCAAAGAAAGACAAGAAGAAGGAGAAAGAGCCAAAGAAAGAAGACGCCCCGGCAGAAAAAGAGAAAACACCUGAAGAGAUUGAGAAGGAAAAGAAGGACAAGCUGAAAAAGGUAAUCAAAGAGGGAGGAAAGCGAGGAGUGGAGAUUGAAGGUGCUGCUGACAUGGGCGGCUUGCAGUUUUUCUGCACCUCCGUGGAUCAUCCUGAGGGUGAUCUCGAGCUUUUGGUCAAGUGCGUCGAAGCGAUGAAUGCAAAAAGCGAUCCCAACGAGGAGGAGCGAAAAGGUGGGUCCGGCCACAUUGGCAAGAUGGUCUUCUCCUGCGGCGUUGAGCAUCUGGCCGUCGUUGCGUACGUGCCCGACGAAAAGGCCAAAGAGCUCAACUGUGAGGAAUGGCUCAGCGCUGUUCUGGCCACCCAAGGUGGCGAGGUCUUGACUAAGAGCGCGAGCAUUUCAACUGGCAAAGUUCAGGCCAAUGCGGACAAGGGUGUGUUUCCUUUGAAGAUUCGCGAGCCCAUGAUCGUUGAGGCAAACAACUUUUUGCGAAAGAAGGGUCUCUUUCCGGAGGACAAAGAUGAUGAUGAUGACGAAUUCGUCUUUGGGGAUGAUGACUUCCCAUCCUAAAUUUGUCAGCCUUGGUGGACAGACCCAGACUUGGAUUCCAUUUCUGGGGACCUUGGCUGACGUUCUAGCGACUAACACGCUUCGGCUCCAGUGUCAGACUGCACAAACUUCUGUGCAGCAGGUGGGCAUAUGAAUGAAACACUUUGUCCAUGUCCCCGGAGGCUCCGAUCCGGAGACCGCUCCGAUCCGGAGACCGAAAGGACGCUUACUCGCUUGAGAAGUCGAAAGAUGAUUCACGCGAAAGAUGAAGUCCGAGCCAUCCAUAGUCCAACUCCCAAGUGCAAGUUUCAUCUAUAUAAAGCACUUUUUUACUUUUUCUUUUGCUUUUUAGCCCGCCCUUACCUACUUGAUUAAACUAAGUGAUCAGCAUAGAUUUCCAUAUUUUUGAUACUCAGCUACUGUUGGCGUUGAAAGGACCACAAGAGCAGCUGAGGCAGGUACCCUGAGACACUAUACUAUGCAAGAGCAUAUGAUUUUGAUUCGACUAUCCGCUGCUCCGAGUAGGGGUCCAUUGUGUUUAUGCACCAUCAGAUACUUGGCCAGAUGUGGUAGAAAAACGGAGCGAACAUAACAUAUUGAGCUGUACUGGGCAUUCGCAUUGCGAGAUGAGAAGUGUAACAUGUGCUCAAGCCUCUCAAGAUUCAAAUACUGGUGGCACAGGAUGAAUGGACCCCUCCUAUCUGACUUUUGCUCUACAUGACUAACAGCUUUUCAACAAAACUUUCUGGCCUAUUCUUCACAUUUGCCUUUGAUCCGCAGGACACCCGCAAUUAGUUUGGUCCCUGUAGCUGUUUCUCCUUU